GACGUCGUGGAUUCCACGUUGGCCCGGACGUGGCACUCGGCAGUAGCCAGUAGUCCAGUGUGUAAAAUUAUCACGCGUUGCUUCUGCUGUGGCUAAUAUCCGUGCUUCUUUCGUAGAUUCAAACAUCCUCGGCCAGUUAUGGGACUCACCAUCUCGUCGAUCUUCAGCCAGCUUUUUGGCAAAAAACAAAUGAGGAUUUUGAUGGUUGGGCUGGAUGCUGCUGGAAAAACGACUAUCUUGUAUAAAUUGAAGCUUGGUGAAAUUGUAACCACCAUCCCAACCAUUGGUUUCAAUGUGGAGACAGUAGAAUAUAAAAAUAUCAGUUUCACUGUAUGGGACGUAGGUGGCCAGGACAAGAUCAGACCCCUCUGGAGACAUUACUUCCAGAAUACACAGGGCCUUAUCUUUGUAGUGGACAGCAAUGACAGAGAAAGAGUGGCAGAGUCUUGCGAAGAGCUCUCGAAGAUGUUGAUGGAGGACGAGUUGAAAGAUGCUGUUUUGCUGGUGUUUGCUAACAAACAGGACCUUCCCAAUGCCUUAUCAGUCAGCGAACUCACAGACAAACUCGGCCUACACGCCCUCCGCAACAAAACUUGGCACAUUGAGUCAACCUGCGCCACCCAGGGCACUGGGCUGUAUGAAGGACUUGAUUGGCUAUCCAAAGAGUUGUCCAAGAACUAAUGAAAGAUCGGCUGGACAGAUAUGAGAGAGAGAGAGAGAGAGAGAGACUGAACACCACAAGAGAGGAGAGAAGGCACAGACAUUCAAUCCAGAAACAUUUGGUCUUCCAGCACCAAUGUUCACAAAAAGGACAAGGCUGGUGGACAAUAUAAUCAUCUUUGGGAAAUUUUAGUAUCAUGUUUUUUCUUUUAUUAUCAAUACUAUUACCGUAUUAUCUCUUGACAUAGUCUCUAUUUUUCACCUUUUGUUCCCAAAUUCUUACAUGGUAACACAUUGUAAUUACACAUUCAGUUACAUGAUGAGCAAAUGGCCUAUUGGGGAAAUUUCAUGAAAACAAUGAACAGAGUAAUGGGAGUUGUUUUUCCACUUGACACCUUGGCUCCUGUCUAGGCAACAUUUGCAGUAAUCAACCACUUGUAUAAUUGUUGGAUUUACUUACAGCCAUUGUCGAGCCUAGGGUGGGGGAUAUGAUAAUAUAACCCUAGAGCUUUGGCGACAAACUACUUGUAGGCUGUUCAUCUCCACAACCCAUUGUGGAUAUUUGACUCCCUUGCAGACCUAACCCUUUGCUCUCCACUGCCAUGUCCUCAAUAUCAUGCCACCUAAUUUCUGUAAAGGCCUGUAGCCUGUACAAUGAGAUGGAUGAGGAUUGCAGUGAUUUCACAGGUAGAUUUUGUUAGUAGUGUGGAACCACAUGGCCUCCCAGUAAAUUGAUCCAAAAAGGAACAUUGUUCCUUCUGGAUCUUCUUUACACAAAUCUGAGUAAUCCUUUCUUUAUCUCAUUCUUAGGUCAUGCUCCCUCCUAAGAUGCUUUUUUUUUGCUUUUGAAAGACAAAAUAAUGCAAUAAGACUUCCUUUUGUGCUGCAACGGAUGCAGCCAGUGUGAGUAUUGAGUGCUUCUUUGCAACUUGACUUUGCAACAGUAUUUUAUCCUGUUGGAACAUUUGUGAAUUUGUCCUCACUCCUCUUCCUUCCUUUUUUUUUUUUUAAAUAGCCACCAUGAAAAAAUGAUUUAAUUAACAUUUCAGUUCUUCUAUCCACACUAACAGAAAAUCUUUUUACCCUAAAAGGGGGAAGGAAGCGGCUUUUCAGUGUUGACACAUGGCCAGUGUCAGUGCAACACAGUUAAGUAGCAUGUUUUUGUUGUUUUGUUUGUUUUUUUUGUCCUUUUUUGGCAGGGCUUAGUGCUGAGUUUGUUGUACUGUCUGAAGGCAAAUAUUGUAUUAUAUUCUUAAUUAUUCUACCCUUAUUGUCACAAAAACAUACUGGCCCUUCAAUUUAUUUGUGUAUACAUUCCAACCUCUGCUUGCAAAUGCUGGAGCUGCCACACUUAAAAAAAUAUUUGCUAAAAAUAUUUUACAAAAAAAUCUCUGAAUAAAGCCAGUGUUGAAAAAAAAAAA